GUCGGGAUUACAGCCGUAUCUCCUCAGCGCUGCUCUCCUCCCUGUGAGGCCCGCAGCUGGCUCCUGUAGCGGGAGGACAGGCAGCAUGUCGCGCUCCGUGCUGCAGCCCAGUCAGCAGAAGCUGGCCGAGAAGCUCACCAUCCUCAAUGACCGGGGUGUCGGCAUGCUCACCCGCCUCUACAACAUCAAGAAGCAAGGACAAGUUUGGAAGGCAUGUGGGGACCCCAAAGCCAAACCUUCUUACCUGAUUGAUAAAAACUUGGAAUCUGCUGUCAAGUUUAUUGUCCGGAAGUUUCCAGCAGUUGAAACCCGCAACAACAAUCAACAGCUUGCACAACUCCAAAAGGAGAAGUCUGAGAUCCUGAAAAAUUUGGCACUUUACUACUUCACAUUUGUGGAUGUUAUGGAAUUUAAGGAUCAUGUAUGUGAGCUGCUUAACACUAUUGAUGUUUGUCAAGUUUUCUUUGAUAUUACUGUCAAUUUCGAUUUAACCAAGAACUACUUAGACCUGAUAGUAACCUACACUACACUCAUGAUCAUGCUUUCUCGCAUCGAAGAACGGAAAGCAAUUAUAGGACUAUACAACUACUCUCAUGAAAUGACUCAUGGUGCCAGUGAUCGGGAGUAUCCUCGGCUUGGACAGAUGAUUGUAGACUAUGAAAAUCCUUUAAAAAAGAUGAUGGAGGAAUUUGUACCCCAUAGUAAGUCUUUGUCAGAUGCCCUAGUUUCACUUCAGAUGGUUUAUCCCAGAAGAAAUCUUUCAGCAGAGCAGUGGAGGAAUGCCCAGCUCCUCAGCCUCAUCAGUGCACCAAGUACCAUGCUGAACCCUGCUCAGUCAGAUACGAUGCCGUGUGAAUACCUUUCACUGGAUGCAAUGGAAAAAUGGAUCAUUUUUGGGUUUAUACUUUGUCAUGGAAUACUGAACACCGAUGCCACUGCAUUGAAUCUUUGGAAACUUGCCCUUCAGAGCAGUUCCUGCCUUUGCCUUUACAGAGAUGAAGUUUUUCAUAUCCACAAGGCAGCGGAAGACCUCUUUGUCAACAUUAGAGGUUACAACAAAAGAAUAAAUGACAUCAGAGAAUGCAAAGAAAGCGCCAUAUCACAUGCUGGUGCAACACAUAGAGAGAGGCGCAAAUUCUUAAGAUCUGCCCUAAAAGAACUUGCUACAGUUCUCUCCGAUCAGCCUGGUUUGCUCGGGCCCAAGGCACUUUUUGUAUUCAUGGCAUUGUCAUUUGCCCGAGAUGAAAUUAUCUGGUUACUUCGGCAUGCAGAUAAUAUUCCAAAGAAGAUUGCAGAUGACUUUAUGGAUAAGCACAUUGCUGAGCUUAUAUUUUACAUGGAAGAACUUCGGGCGCAUGUCCGGAAAUACGGACCUGUCAUGCAGCGGUACUACGUGCAGUACUUGUCUGGCUUCGAUGCAGUAGUUCUUAAUGAGCUAGUACAGAAUCUUUCUGUAUGCCCAGAGGAUGAGUCAAUCAUCAUGUCCUCUUUUGUAAAUACGAUGACAUCUCUGAGUGUAAAACAAGUUGAAGACGGGGAAGUUUUUGACUUCAGAGGAAUGAGGUUGGAUUGGUUCAGACUGCAGGCCUACACCAGUGUUUCCAAAGCUUCAUUAAGCCUUGCAGACCACAGGGAACUUGGAAAGAUGAUGAACACUAUAAUAUUCCACACAAAAAUGGUGGACUCCUUAGUGGAAAUGUUGGUGGAAACAUCUGAUUUGUCUAUAUUCUGUUUUUACAGUCGGGCAUUUGAGAAGAUGUUUCAGCAGUGUUUGGAACUGCCAUCCCAGUCAAGAUACUCGAUCUCCUUUCCUCUCAUUUGUACUCAUUUUAUGAGCUGCACUCACGAGCUUUGUCCUGAAGAGAGACAUCACAUUGGAGAUCGUAGCCUAUCUUUAUGUAACAUGUUCUUGGAUGAAAUGGCAAAGCAAGCCCGCAAUCUCAUCACAGACAUCUGCACAGAGCAGUGCACUCUGAGCGAUCAGCUACUGCCAAAACAUUGUGCCAAAACAAUCAGUCAAGCAGUAAAUAAAAAGUCAAAAAAGCAGACGGGAAAGAAAGGAGAACCUGAAAGAGAGAAGCCCGGAGUUGAAAGCAUGAGAAAGAACAGACUUGUUGUAACAAAUUUGGAUAAGCUGCAUACAGCACUUUCAGAGCUCUGCUUCUCCAUUAAUUAUGCACCAAAUAUGGUGGUGUGGGAACAUACGUUCACGCCAAGAGAGUAUCUGACCUCACACUUGGAAAUUCGCUUUACCAAGUCUAUUGUUGGCAUGACCAUGUACAAUCAGGCCACACAAGAGAUUGCAAAACCCUCAGAGUUAUUAACUAGCGUACGAGCCUACAUGACUGUGCUCCAGUCAAUAGAAAAUUAUGUGCAGAUUGACAUCACAAGAGUUUUUAACAAUGUUCUGCUUCAACAAACACAACAUCUAGACAGCCACGGAGAGCCAACAAUCACCAGUUUGUACACUAAUUGGUAUUUGGAGACACUACUGAGGCAAGUUAGCAAUGGCCACAUAGCUUAUUUUCCAGCAAUGAAAGCCUUUGUAAAUCUGCCCACGGAGAAUGAGCUAACCUUUAAUGCAGAGGAGUAUUCAGACAUAUCUGAGAUGAGAGCGUUGUCAGAGCUGCUGGGACCAUAUGGCAUGAAGUUCCUCAGUGAAAGUCUCAUGUGGCAUAUUUCCUCCCAAGUGGCUGAACUUAAGAAACUUGUGGUGGAGAAUGUUGAUAUCUUAACGCAGAUGAGGACAAGUUUCGACAAACCAGAACAAAUGCAAGCUCUUUUUAAGCGACUGUCUUCAGUUGACAGUGUCUUGAAGAGGAUGACCAUCAUUGGAGUGAUUUUGUCAUUCCGCUCGCUUGCACAGGAAUCUCUACGAGAUGUCUUAUCUUACCACAUUCCUUUCCUUGUAAGUUCUGUUGAAGACUUCAAGGAUCACAUUCCAAGAGAGACUGACAUGAAGGUUGCGAUGAAUGUGUACGAGUUGUCAUCUGCAGCCGGUUUGCCCUGUGAAAUUGAUCCAGCCUUAGUCGUGGCAUUAUCAUCCCAAAAAUCUGAAACAAUCAGUCCAGAGGAAGAGUACAAAAUUGCCUGCCUUCUCAUGGUCUUUGUGGCCGUGUCUUUGCCAACCUUGGCUAGCAAUGCGAUGUCUCAGUACAGCCCUGCCAUAGAAGGUCACUGCAACAAUAUUCACUGUCUGGCAAAGGCCAUCAACCAGAUUGCCGCAGCUUUAUUUACCAUUCACAAAGGAAGCAUUGAGGAUCGCCUUAAGGAAUUCUUGGCUCUUGCAUCUUCCAGCCUCCUGAAAAUUGGCCAAGAGACUGAUAAAACGACAACAAGAAACAGAGAAUCUGUUUAUUUGCUGCUAGAUAUGAUUGUACAAGAGUCACCAUUUCUGACCAUGGACUUGCUGGAAUCUUGUUUCCCAUAUGUCUUACUGAGAAACGCUUACCACGCAGUUUACAAACAGAGUGUAACAUCCUCUGCAUAAACAUUUACUUCCUGAAAACACGGCACAAGCUUGCUCAGCCUGCAAACUGUGGAGUCCUUUUCCUGAUUGAUCGGGAGCCGAAAAUGGUUUUGUGACUUAAAUUCUUCCCCCAUUCCAUUGUACAAGUAUUUUUGACAAGUGGUUUCUUUUUUUUGCAUUUGUACUACCAGAUAUGCUUGGUUGGUUGCACUACACUACAGGAAAAAAAAAUAAAAAAAAGUUUCUGAACAUUUUCAUCCAGAGAAUAAAGAAAAUAGAGGGGACAAACUGAAAUAAAACACUUAUUAUUUCUUUAGUUUUUUUUUUUAUAACUCCUCAUGCAGAAAUAUUAUUGCUUGUUUAUUAUUUCAAAGAAUUGUAUUUAGUGAUUAUUUUAGAUGGUGGUAUAGGUGACGUGUGUAAAUUAUUUCAUAUAGGAGAGUUAUAAUCUGUACCUUUUUAUGUUCUUAUCUAUAACGGUUUGGUUAGGUGAUUCUGUGAUUUUCUGUGAAGUAAUUGCACCAUUUACAUCUGUUAUCCACCCCCCCCCCAUGACAUUCUGCAGUCAGUUCUAGAACAGAUCAGAAAAUUGUAAAAAUUAUCAUCUCUCCGCACUCUGUGACUACUUAUUUACAGUACAGAAUUCCUUCCUGGUAUUUUAAGCAGCAGAUGUUUGUAAAAAGCAUAGUUUUUUUUCUUCAACUAACUUCCAUAAUGCUCUUUUGGCAUUAACAUUACCAUUGUAAUCUGCUAUAUGGUAUAUGACAUUCUCAUGCAUUUAUCAAAUGUUCAUACAUUGUUUUUUUUUUUCCCCUUAACCACUUUUAUAUGUUUUAACUUUUUGAAAUUCAAGUGUACCUUCCAUAAAGUACAAUAAACACUAGACUGUAUCAAAA